AUGGCGGCGUUGCUCUAUCAUGUGUUCUCCUUCGCAGCGCUCUUCUCGUACGGCCUGUACCACCUCGUAUCCGCCAGCCGCGCUCACCUCAAAUCUCAACAGCACCGCGACUAUGCCGCCCGGCCAUACCACCCCCUCCCGCUCCCGCCGCACGGCCAUCACGUUCUCCGCCAUCUUCCCAUCUACCUCGUUUUGCUUGCCCUCGUCCUCGCGGCCCUCAACCAGGUUCUAAUCGCUUCGUCUGCAGCCCCCGAUCCUCUCCUCCGGGGCCGGACCCCCGUCCACCGCCUCGCCGCCCUCCAGUCCACCGUCAUCAUCCUCCUGUUCCUCCUCAUUGCAGCCUCUCUCCUCGUCGCCCACUCCCGUCCACAUUUCCUCCACCUCCCACCGGACCUCUCCUUCCUCCUCGCCGCCCUCGCCUUCGGAUUCCACUCUGCCUCAUCCGCCAACUCAGCUGCGUCCUACGAUCACCCCGACGACCUCCCGGCCAAAUGCGAUGCAGUCGCCUCGACGGUCGCGGCUGCCUCCUCCGCUCUCUGCCUCUCCCUCGCUGUCUUCCCGAGGUUAUUCGUCGCCGAGCUCGCCCUCGCGGCAUCCGUUUCCCUUCAGGGCCUCUGGUCGCUCCAGACGGGGCUGUCGCUUUACGCCGAGGCCUUCAUCCCUGAGGGUUGCCACCGGCUGCUCGAUGUGGCGGCAGGAAUCGAGGGCUCCACAAAGUGCGAGCUCGAGGAAUCGCGACUCCGGGCGGCCGCGCUGCUCGACCUUGCGUUUGUGAUGCACACAAUCUUCGUCGCCGCGGUGGCCGUCCUCAUUUAUGCGGCGGUGGCGAGGGCAGUUGGCGUCGGACCUGGAUCCUUGAGAAAGAUGGGAUCGUAUGAGGUCCUCCCCACUGGAUCCUCUGGUGGCGCGCUCAACGACAUGGAUCAGGUCCAGAUGAAGGCCAUCGGCAAGAACGCGAUGCAGGCUUGA